CAUCAGUGUUUUGAUGUCAUUGAACAUUUGUGGUCAAAAUAAUCGAAGAAGAAAGGGUACCUCAGAUGAGGAAAAUGGCCGAUGUUGAGAUGGACGUCGCGUCCAGUAGAAUGAAUAAUGGCAACGAACACGUGAAGCAGGAUUUGGAGAGCCAUGAAAAAAGUGGAAAUGAGGACAGCGGAGACAUGUCUGAGGAGGAAGAAGAAGAGGAAGAGGAGGAGGCAGAGACUAAUGGCGAGAAGACAGAAGAAGGGUCCAAACAUCACAGUAGCAGUGGUAAACACAAGAGGAAAAAACACAAGCAUCGUAGUAAGCACAAAAAACACAAGCAUGCCUCUGAUGAGGACAAGGACCGCAAGCGCAAGCAUCGUCACAAACACAGGAAACACAAACGCAAAGAGGGCUCCUCUCCCUCUGCCGCUGCCCUCUUUGCCUCCUCUGGCCACAGAAAAAUUGAAUCCUCUCCCUCCUCUGGAAAUCCAAGUCUGGACGACAGGGCCUUGCUGGAGGACUUGGAGAAACAGAGGGCCAUGAUCAAAGCUGAGCUGGACAGCCAGUUGAUGGAGGGCAAGGUCCAGUCAGGAAUGGGCCUGAUCCUUCAGGGUUAUAACUCUGGAUCCGAAGAGGAUGGAGAAGCUAGGAUCAGAAAUGGAGAACAGCGUCCAAGGGGCAGCUCAGGUAAACCCACAUCUCCCAGAGGGGGAAAAGGUGGGAAAUCUAAACGGGACUCAACAGAGGGCAGUAAGUCCAGUUCCAAGCGUCGUAGUCGGAGUAAGUCUGCGGACAGGCUAGCACAGGCCAAGGAGUCCAAGCCGGACAAGGUGACCAAAACCACCAAGGACACAGCGGCUAAAGACAGAGGGCGGGGCAGAAGCAAGUCGAAAGACCGAAAGCAUUCAGACAGCACUGAUAGGUCCAAGGAGAGAACCAGGAAGUCCAACUCCCCCACCACCUGGAAAGGAGAGCAGAAAGGCAGCCGCACUGAUCGACGUUCCUCUACACAGCGGGAUGACAGGCCAAACCAGGAGAGAGGGAGCCGACAGUCCAGAUCACCUGGAAGAGAACGGCCAAGUCGCUCGGACGCUGACCGGGACAAACGGCCAGCCAAGUCCCCAUCCAAGGACGCUUCGUUGGGGAAAGAGAACCGCUCCCCUCAUAAACGAGGGCCUCACAGCCCCAUGAGGAAACGCAGCUCUUCCCCUCGACACAGAGAUGCCCACCACCCCCCGGCUAGUGCCUCAGACAGGACAUCGAAACCGAGCAACUCUCCAUCAAGAACAAGGUCUCCCCCCAGGAGAGCCCGCAGUCGCUCACCAGACGCCAGGAGGAGGGAUGUUGACAGGCAGGACUCACCACUGAGGAAGCGCCCCCGGCCAGAUGCAGGGCCAGGCAGAGACCGGUCACGAGAGAACAGUCCCCGGGCAGCCGCUCGCCGCCGGAUGAGUCGCUCGCCUCUAAGAAGACGGUCCCUGUCACCACGACGACGGUCCCGCUCUUCGCCCCACAGACGGAGCAGGUCUCCACUGGGACACAGGUCUGGGGAGAGAGACAGGUAUGGUAGGCUCCGACAGUACCGACGCUCAAUGUCCCGCGAUCGGGACAGGAGAAGACGACGCAGCAGAGAUGAGGACAAGUUCAAGGGCAGCCUAUCAGAGGGCAUGAAAGUCGACAAGGAAUCCUCCGAGGAAGAAGUUUUAGAGGACUUUGAUGGAGAGGAGGUAGAUGAAGAGGCUCUCAUUGAACAGCGCCGCCAACAGCGCUUAGCCAUUGUCCAGAAAUAUAAGGUUGUGAGUGAAGACACCAACAUGGGGUCAGAGCCCAGCAGCCCUCAGAGCAGCACACGCAGCCGCUCACCCUCACCUGAUGACAUCUUGGAGCGAGUAGCAGCGGAUGUCAAGGAAUAUGAACGCGAGAACCUCAACACCUUUGAGGCCAGCAUCAAAGCCAAGCACAACCUCAUCUCCCAGGAGAAAGACGGAGCAAACCCAAAGAAGCCUUCAGCCCCCGACAUGUUUACAGAAUCAGAUGACAUGUUUGCUGCCGACUUUGAUAGUGCCAGGAUGAGAGCAGCAGGAGUAGGGAAGGACUUCAAGGAGAACCCCAACCUCAGGGACAACUGGACUGAUGCUGAGGGUUACUACCGGGUGAACAUUGGGGAGACACUAGACAAGCGCUAUGAUGUUUAUGGCUACACUGGCCAGGGUGUGUUCAGCAACGUGAUCAGAGCCAGGGACACUGCCAGGGCCGGCCAGGAGGUGGCUGUCAAGAUCAUCCGAAACAAUGAGCUCAUGCAGAAGACUGGGUUGAAAGAGUUAGAAUUUCUUAAGAAGCUGAAUGAUGCUGAUCCUGAUGAUAAAUUCCACUGCCUUCGCCUCUUCAGGCACUUCUAUCACAAACAGCAUCUUUGUCUGGUCUUUGAGCCUCUCAGUAUGAAUUUACGAGAGGUGUUGAAAAAAUACGGUAAAGACGUUGGGCUCCACAUCAAGGCUGUGCGUUCCUACAGUCAGCAGCUCUUCUUGGCCCUCAAGCUGCUCAAACGAUGCAACAUACUCCAUGCUGACAUCAAGCCAGACAAUAUCCUGGUGAAUGAAUCAAAGACCAUUUUGAAGCUGUGUGACUUUGGUUCUGCAUCCCAUGUUGCUGACAACGACAUCACACCAUACCUAGUCAGCAGAUUCUACAGAGCUCCAGAAAUCAUCAUAGGAAAGCCGUACGACUAUGGGAUUGACAUGUGGUCUGUUGGCUGCACUUUAUAUGAGCUUUACACUGGAAAAAUCCUGUUUCCUGGAUCUUCCAACAAUCAUAUGAUCAAACUAGCUAUGGACCUCAAGGGCAAGAUGCCCAACAAGAUGAUCCGUAAAGGCUCGUUCAAAGACCAGCACUUCGAUCAGAAUUUAAACUUCCUGUACAUUGAAGUAGACAAAGUGACAGAAAGGGAGAAGGUGACGGUGAUGAGCACCAUCAACUCCACCAAAGACCUGCUGACUGACAUGAUAGGAGGCCAGCGACUGCCUGAGGACCAGAGGAAGAAAGUGAUGCAGCUGAAGGACCUGCUGGAUGGCACGCUGAUGCUGGACCCAGCCAAACGCAUCAGCAUCAACCAGGCCCUGCAGCACCCCUUUAUCCAGGAGAAGAUCUGACACCCUGAACGUCACACACUCCCAGAGCUGGCAAAGAACCAACCACUAAACCAGCUCUGACAGGAACUUUGCAGUGAGGCAGCCAACCCACAGGCAGGAUUUUUAGUUCUUCCUCAAUUUAUUCUUUUUGUUUAUGGAUACAUAAUUGUGUUUUAUUGUAAAUAGAUCAUUGAAAUGGUAGCCAUUCUUGAAGACAUUGAUUUUGCGAUUCAUCAUUGUAAACUUUCCCUCAUACUUGGCAAUGCAGUUAUGGACUAUAUAUUUUUUUUUUUAAUUGAACUGGCAUUGGAGUGACAGAUGUUUAAGAGAAAGAUAUAAUUCCUGUAAAUACUGUAUGUCGAUUGCAUUAACAAU